GCUUUAUAUUUUCGCUGAUUAAUUCAUUUUCAGUGUUCGCGUCACCAGUCGAGAAUUUGAUGAUGUCUGCGAAUACAAUUACCCGCUCGAUCGAGAUCGGACUUCGUAUCGUCGGUAUCUGGCCGGGUGCUACUUACGUAAUCGCGAGUCGAUUUUUCUGGACCACGACGAUGCUACUCGCGCAGAUCUUUCAAUACCGUCACGUAGUGUUGCAUUGUAACUCCGAAGAUCUUGAACAGUUGAUGGACGGCCUGAGCGCGACGCUGUCGUACAGUUUAUUAUUUGUCAAGUUGAUUAUUUUCUGGACGAAACAACGAAUAUUCAACAACGUGUUAGCGAGGAUUGCGACAGACUGGAAGGAGUGCGGGAAUGCGGAAGAUUGCGGCAACGCCUGGUGCAACAUGAGCAACGUGGCCGGUCUGUCUCAUCGCUUCUCCAAUCUGAUCAUCGGCUUGCACUCGGUGGCCGUGAUGGUCUACGGUAUAGGCGUCGUCGUCCUGCGUAGCGACAACGACGUCAACGAUCGUGAGCUUUUCCUCAAGAUGGAGUUACCCUUCGAGAGCGACCUAUCGCCGGUCUACGAGCUCGUCAUGACCACGCAGUUUCUUCAUCAGAUAACGACUGCCACCGUGAUCGGCGUGCUCAGCGCGUUGCUCGUUACGCUGGUGUUACAUGCAGGCGGUCAGAUAGACAUUUUACGUGAAAGAUUAUUAGCAAUUUUACCGAAGAGUCAGAAAGAGAAAGCGGCUAUAUCCAUGGUCACAAUAGGCUCAUUGAUCCGGAGGCAUCAAAACAUUAUUGUUUUUACCGAGCAAAUCGAAGACUUGUACUCGUACAUCGCUCUGGCACAGUUCAUAUCGAACACCCUCGUUAUUUGCUGCUUGGGUUUUAUCAUCGUGAAUUCGAUUGGCGAGCAUGAAGGUUCCUCUAUGCUCGUGAGAUCCCUUUUGUUUUAUGUCGUCAUCAAUUUAGAAGCAUUCAUCUUCUGCUUCGCCGGUGAAUACUUAAGCAUUAAGAGCAAGAUGAUCGGCGAUGCGGCAUACGAAUCUUUGUGGUACAACUUGUCUCCAAACGAGAAUCGAAUCCUACUGUUCCUGAUAAUGAGAUCGCAAAAGCAAUUAACAAUCACGGUCGGCAAAUUCAUGAAUCUCUCUUUGCAACAGUUUGCAAACAUUAUUAAAUCAUCGGCGUCAUACGUUUCCGUGCUUCAUGCGGUGUAACGAGGACAUAACCGUCAGUAUUGACGUAUAAUGAUAUAUCGCCGACGUUAACGUAUCGCUGCAAAAGUUGCUGACGUAAGAGUUGCGAAGAUUAUUCUAUUUUUAAUA